AUGCUCUCUGCCGAAGUGAUUGUCGUCGGAACAGGCCCUGUCGGCCUGUGGACUGCCUUUGAGCUCAAAAAGGCCGGCCUCGACGUGCUGGCCAUCGAUUCUAUCCCCGCGCGGGAUGCCCGUGACCGCCGUUCAAAGGCCCUCGGCAUGUCUGCCAGCAGCCUCGAAAUUUUCGCAGCCCGAGGUAUUGGCCAGAAAUUCGUGGAUGCAGGUUCGCCAGUACCCCGAACUCACUUCGGGGCCUGUGACACACCGAUCCUGCUUGGACCAGAGGUGCUCGGGACGCGCUAUCCUCACGCACUGCUCCUCACUCAAGCAGACACGGAAACAAAACUCCUCGACGAAUGCGAUGCUGCCGGUGUGAGAUUCCAAUGGGGGUUGAAGUUUUCCGGUCUUGAGCAGAAAGAUGACCGCGUUCUGGUUACCGCACAGCGGGUGCAAGAUGAUGGCAAAAUCUCACCAGUUGAUAGCGAUGUGCAGCACUUAGAGGCAGCAUGGCUUGUGGGUUGUGAUGGCACACACAGUUCUGUACGGGCUGCAGCCGGGAUUGCAUUUGAGGGGACCCCCUCCAGUAUGACAGCCUGGUUAGCCGAUGUUCACAUGGAAAAUCCACAUCCACUGCCACGAAUUGGUAGGGGGCCUGAUGGAGGCUGUAUCUGUAUAUUGAUUCCUGUUCCAGGAACGACCUUUUACAGAGCUGUGGGCCUAUCCACCACCACCAUGCACUACCCAGCCUCGCAAGCACCGACAUUCGAAGAAGUCAGAGAAUAUGUUCGCCAGAGUUUGGGUUCGGACUUCGGCAUGCACAAUCCUGUCUGGCUUUCCCGCUUUGGCAAUGCCUGCCGUGUCGCCGCCAGUUUUCGCGCCGGGCGUGUCUUUCUCGCAGGAGACGCAGCCCACCAAUUUUUCCCUGCCGGAGGCCAAGGCAUGAACCUCGGCAUUCAAGACGCAAACAAUCUGGCCUGGAAGCUUGCUGCUGCGCAGCGCCAUUGGGUGCGUUCCGGCACCGUUGCGGAGCGUCUCCUCAACACUUACACAGAAGAGCGUCGUUCAGCCGCACAAGCCGUCAUAGCAAAUGUCCAAGCGCAGAUUGCAAUGCUGAUGGCUCGUCAUCCGCAUGAGACUGCCAUCCGGGACGUGUUUGCCGAAGCCUUGAGAAAUCCGGAAUUGAAUAGACUCUGGGCCCGCCGUCUCUCUGGGUUCGCCGAUCCAGUGGCGCCAUAUAUAAAAAGCUACAUGGCAAGCCAGGUCAACCGCGAAGGACAGCCGGAAACAAUUAAUGAAAGUGAGGAACUACUCUUAGGCGCAAGAGUCACACACCUCCGAUUUGACGAGGAAGAGAACGCCUUGCAUGCAGCAACUGCAACAUAUCGCUUCGCCGUCGUGUUAUUGAAGACACAGGAAAGGAUGUUUACUGAAGAGGCCCUGCGUGAGAUCUCAAAACCGUGGAAGGAUCGUGUCACUGUAUUGUCUGUGGUAGCGACUCCAAGCGAUGAGAAAUGGAACAACGUAGAGGCAAUCCUCGUCCGACCAGAUAUGCGCGUCGCGUGGGUUGGUCGCAAGACAACGGCUGUCUCUGACGCUGAAAAUGCGCUCGCAGCUGUCUUGAAGUGGUGGUUUGGGUAA